CUUCUAGAGAAAAGUCAGUUUUUAAUGAAGCUUGGGUCUUCUUUGCUGUCUGUGCCCCAUGGAGCCCUUUUCCUGUGGGUCUUAUUUCAUGUCCCCAGAUCUCUAAACCUAGAAAAACACUGCUCAGUCUCCUGUCACCAGCUGGCCCUGAUUAUAGAAUGCCUUUAAUGAGAAUGGCAGCUGAGAACUCCUCUGUGACAGAAUUUAUCCUUGCAGGCUUAACCAACCAGCCCGGACUUCGGAUGCCCCUCUUCUUCCUGUUUCUAGGUUUCUAUGUGGUCACUGUGAUGGGGAACCUGGGUCUGAUAACCCUGAUUGGGCUGAAUUCUCACCUGCACACCCCCAUGUACUUCUUCCUCUUCAACUUGUCCUUCAUAGAUUUUUGCUAUUCCACUGUUAUCACUCCCAAGAUGCUGAUGAGUUUUGUCUCAAAGAACACCAUCGCCUACGCAGGGUGUAUGACUCAGCUCUUCUUUUUUCUUUUCUUUGUUGUCUCUGAGUCCUUCAUCCUGUCAGCAAUGGCAUAUGACCGCUACACCGCCAUCUGUAACCCACUGGUGUACACAGCCACCAUGUCUCCUCAGGUCUGCUCGCUUCUUCUGUUGGGUGUCUAUGUGAUGGGGUUUGCUGGGGCCAUGGCCCACACGACAUGCAUGGUGAGGCUGACCUUCUGUGCCAACAAUCUGGUUGACCACUACAUGUGUGACAUCCUUCCCCUUCUUGAGCGCUCUUGCACCAGCACCUAUGUAAAUGAGCUGGUAGUUUUCGUUGUCGUGGGCAUUGAUAUUGGCGUGCCCACAGUUACCAUCUUCAUUUCUUAUGCCCUCAUCCUCACCAGCAUUCUCCAUAUUCGUUCCACUGAGGGCAGGUCCAAAGCCUUCAGCACAUGCAGCUCUCACAUAAUUGCUGUUUCUCUUUUCUUUGGGUCAGGGGCAUUUAUGUACCUCAAACCAUCCUCUCUUUUACCUAUGAAUCAGGGGAAAGUGUCCUCCUUGUUCUAUACCACCGUUGUGCCCAUGCUCAACCCGCUAAUCUAUAGCUUAAGAAAUAAAGAUGUCAAAGUUGCUCUGAAGAAAUCAUUGAGCAAAAAGACAUUCUCUUGAGAAAGGGACAAUACUUAGGAAAGCGUUUUUUUUUUUCUUUCCUUAUAUAAUUCAGGUUCCAUUGGUUACAUAGAGGAAACUUUAAAUCUUUCUCGAAGUUUAUCCUCCCCAUUUUAUUUAUCCUUAAAGCUAUAAGGUACUCAAUAUUUAGAGGAUCUUAAGAAUCACUUAAUUCAGUUCGCUUAUAUUUCUGAGGAUAGGUCCAGGUUUAUGUACCUUCUCCAAGGUCAUUCAGUUACUCAGCAGCAGAACUGUGACUAGGAUGUAGGCUCUUGAUUUCUAAUUCUAGUGGCCUUCGACUAUGGCUCAUUUUCUUCCUCCAUUAGCCCUGGAAGAUUUCAUUUCAAAUGUGAACUGAUCUAGGAUGUUAAGAUCCAGUUCUAUCUACAGAAAUUUCAUGCAACUUUUCAAGGGCUAAUUUUAAAUACCACAUUUUUGCAGAGAAGGUAGGAGGUACAAAACUUUGUUGAGAUGGUCUUGGCUAAAUGACCAAAUUCUUCAAGAAUUUUGCAGAGUACGUGGUGGGGAGUAUGCUAGGGCCCAGAGAGCAGCAAGCAUGGUAACUCCUCAGACAGUAGUGUGGAGCUUCAGGGACUUGGACUUGAAAGGAUUUGGUCAUGCUGGUUGGAAGACCUUAUAGAAAGUAUCAAAGUUAUGAAGUACAGAUUUGAGGAAUUUUUUCCACACAACCAUUUCCUUGUUUUCAAAUUGUGCUUUUAACACUUGGGUGGAGAAGUCUGAAGCUCAGGGUGGUCAGCUAAAAAUCUGGAGAAUAUUUCAGAACCAUAGAGAAGACUUUGUGUUACAAGCCAGUAAUUAGGUUAGCACCACACAGCUGCCAGUCAGCAGAAGAAAUGAUGACUGACUGUUAUGGUAAUGUAUAUGACAGAGACUACGUGAGGUAUUCUCUCUGUGUCUCUCUAGAUCAACUUUCUGCCUCUGUGUACCUUGCUCCAAGUCCUGGGAGGCAUUCCCUAAUGGAUCUUGUCAAUGGGCUCCAUGGCCAUCUGGUUUCUGGUUGGGUUAAGCCAAUGGCGGCAUCAGCAGAGAAAACCAGAGAAAAAGAGGAGCAUGAUACUAUGAUAUUUAUUUCCCUGACUUUCUUCCAGGGGGCUAUAGUCACUGAAUGCCUAUUUCCUCUUUUGUCUCUUCAUUCAAAGGGGUGGUAGUGUUGCUUCUACUAGCCUCUACCAUCCUUUUGGGGUUUGUCUCAACCACUCUUUUGCCUGUACCCAUGCAAAUAGUGCCCUUGUUAUGCUUUUCAAUUACUUUGUUUCAGGGGAUCAUCUGUUUUCUCUGGGACUCUGAUUGACACACCUUCCAGCAAAGGGUGAAAGGAUUAUACAGUUUAGGUUUGCAAAUCCACAGCCUAAUGGUACUGUGUAAAGGGAGGUAGAGUUGCUUUUUGGUUUAAAAGGAAAAUGUAAGUAGUAAAUAUCUCUUUGAGAAGCAACAAUACGUGAAAUGCUCUGAAAAUACUUUUGAUUUAUGAGAUUCUUUUUAGGAAAAUUCUCUUCUAUUUGUAAAAAUGAAGUCUGGAUGGAUAUAGAAUUGUAUCAUUAGGGAAGGUACAGAUCGCUAAGAGUGAGUUCAAAAGAAUUACUGUGGUGGAAUCAGGGAACUGUGUUUAGAUGGCAUGGAACAGAGAACCAUCACAGAAUUGGAAUGACUGGGACAGGGGAGAUGAGAAGAACAGCAUAAAGUCUCCGAAAAAGCAGACUAAGGAGUUGGGGGGUAGAAUAAAAUCUGAACCCUCGCUUUUACUCAGCAGUUCUGUGACCUCACACGAGUUAAUUGAUGUCUCUUUCUUUAAAAAAAAUUUUUUUUAACGUUUAUUCAUUUUUGAGAGACAGAGGCAGAGCAUGAGCAGGGAAGGGGCAGAAGAGGGAGACACAGAAUCCGAGGCAGGCUCCA